AUGACCCCUAAUAGUAUCAGAGAUGACGGAGAUCAUCCUCAUUCCGAUGAUACGAUAUCUCACACUAGCAUUGGAAAAAGAUCUCGUGACCAAAUGGAGCGACCACACAAGAUACCAAACUCGAUAAAGUCAUGUAAUGAAUGUAGGCAGCAGAAACUUGGUUGUAAUGUUGAAAAGGACCCAUUCAAGCCUUGUUGUAGAUGUACCCGUCUUGGCAUCGAAUGCAAAUUAGACUCUGACUUCAAGAGAGUGGCAAAGAGACACAAGCAUGCGGAAAUGCAGAAGGAAAUAGAGGAACUAAAAGAAUUGAUCGCAAAACAAGCAGCACUACUUGCUGUAGCAAAUUCUCCUGAUAAUUUUGGAAAGGAAAACAACGCAUCGUCUUCUACAGACUCGAAACCAAAAGAUCAAAGGAUUGAUGAUAUCUUAGUAACCGGUGAACAACUUUCCUUUCUGUUCGAUCAGUACUUCUCGCGAUAUCAUCAUAUAUGUCCCAUUCUGGAUCCUACUCAAACAUGUGAUCAGACCUUUGCUCAAGAUCCAGUGCUUGGGUGGGGGAUCGUUCUUGUAUCAGCUAGACGUUACCCCCAAGAUCCUACCUUGAGCGUCAUCUAUAAAGCUUUGGCAUUGUUAUGUACUUGGCCUGUACCUUUAAUACGAGGCUUUACCAAGAGUAGAAAUGAUAAAGCUUCAGCUACUAUGGGACUGAGUGAAUUAGAUCCGACCUGGAUGUUGAGUGGAAUUAUGAUGCAGAUCUCUCUCCAAAUGGGAAUGCAUCGACCCCGACAUGCACAAGAUUUUCUUAAGCAGACAAGAGAUGUGUCUGAAGCUGAAUUGAGUGAUAGGAAAUUGACGUGGGCAUUAUGUAAUAUUGUCUCCCAAAGUGUUUCGACUGCGAAUGGUCAACCUACAAUAACCAUUUAUGAUUGGGGACUUGGAGAUGGCCUCGAACAAGAUUCUGAAGUCCUCCCACCAGGCAUCAAACAACGAUUAAAGAUUGAGAAGUUUUGUCAGAAAGUCUCGAAAACUUUAUAUGGGAAUAGCUCCGAAGUGACAGGAGUCUUAUCCAAUAUCGAUGAACAAAUUUCAAUGACUAACAUGCUCGAAAAUCAAUAUCAACAAUUAGAGUCCGAGAGUGUUACGUUCUCAUCACUGAAUAAAUUAUACUUACUUGCCGCUCGACUUCAUUUGCACACCUUUGCAUUCUAUGUCCCCGAAUUCUCACCAAACCACUUAACUGCUCUUUCUUCGGCAUAUAACUCUGCCACAAGAUUUAUUCAAGCACUUCUCGACUACGAUCUUCACUCCGAAGCAAUACUUCCUUAUUGCUCGUAUUAUAUUCUCAAAAAUUUAAUAUGCGCAUCAUGUGUCCUCCUAAAGAUAUUGAACAGUACAUAUGCAAUGCAAUUCGAUAGCACACAAGGGAGAUCCCUCUUCAAUGCCGCGAUCUUGGCAUUGAGAUCCACAAGUUUAGCUACAAACGACUUCUCGGAUCGCAUCGCUGAAGCGCUCGCCAGAAUGUGGAGGAGUGCUGGGUCAGGGGAUUUGAACCGAAGACGCGAAGACUUUUCUCCUAUAGAUAUCAAAAUUCAAUCCAGAAUGUCUAUCAGCCAUGUUCAUGAUUGCUUUCUACGAUGGAGAAAAACAAUUAAUCCUCCCGCGACUGGAAAAACUAUCUCAGAUACCAAUUGCAACGGUCCUAUGAAUAAUUCUGAUACCUCAUACAAUAAUAUGACUGGUGAUGUUAUGCAUCAAGAUCAAGGUGCCACUGCAACCUAUUUUCAGCCUGGAUCGCUAGAAGUAGCGAUGAAUUUCCCACCCAUGAUUGCGGAUUUUGAUUUGCUAAAUUCAUUGGAUUGGAAUUUCGAUGAAAAUUUACUUGCUACUUGGACAUGA